AUGGCAGGACCUGAAUUGGAGUCACUGGAGCAGUGCUUGGAGAAGCACCUGCCUCUCGCAGAUUUGCGGGAGGUGAAGCGCAUUCUUUAUGGCAAGGAGACCAGGGAGCUCAAUCUGCCCAGAAAAGCUCUUGAAGCUGCCUCAGAAAAAGACUUUGAACUGCGGGGAUAUGCAUUUGAGGCUGCUGAGGAGCAGCGGAGAGGCCCCCGGAUCGUGCGUGUGGGAUUAGUUCAGAACAGAAUCCCCCUCCCCACGUCUGCCCCUGUGGUAGAACAGGUUUCUGCCCUCCACAGACGCAUAGAAGGCAUUGUGGAAGUGGCUGCAAUGUGUGGAGUCAACAUCAUUUGUUUCCAAGAAGCGUGGACAAUGCCCUUUGCUUUCUGUACAAGAGAGAAGCUUCCUUGGACAGAAUUUGCUGAGUCGGCAGAGGAUGGGUUCACCACCAGGUUCUGCCAGAAGCUGGCAAAGAAGCAUGACAUGGUAGUAGUGUCACCCAUCCUAGAACGAGACAGAGAUCAUGGGGGCGUCCUGUGGAACACGGCUGUGGUGAUCUCAAAUUCUGGAGCAGUCAUGGGAAAGACCAGGAAGAACCACAUCCCCAGAGUGGGUGAUUUCAAUGAGUCAACUUACUACAUGGAAGGAAACUUGGGCCAUCCUGUGUUCCAGACCCAGUUUGGCAGGAUUGCAGUGAACAUCUGCUAUGGGCGACACCACCCCCUCAACUGGCUCAUGUACAGCAUCAAUGGAGCUGAGAUCAUCUUCAACCCCUCAGCCACCAUUGGUGAACUCAGUGAGUCCCUGUGGCCAAUAGAAGCCAGAAAUGCAGCCAUUGCCAAUCACUGUUUCACUUGUGCCAUUAACCGUGUGGGCCAGGAGCACUUCCCUAAUGAGUUUACCUCUGGAGAUGGAAAGAAAGCGCACCAUGACUUUGGCUACUUUUAUGGCUCGAGCUAUGUGGCAGCCCCUGAUGGCAGCCGAACUCCUGGGCUGUCACGUAACCAGGAUGGGCUACUAGUUGCUGAGCUCAACCUCAACCUCUGCCAGCAGAUGAAUGAUAUCUGGAACUUCAAGAUGACUGGCAGAUAUGAGAUGUAUGCACGAGAGCUUGCUGAAGCUGUCAAAUCCAACUAUAGGCCCACUAUCCUGAAUGAGUACCUGACUUCAGCCCCUGCCUGUCAAUGUGGGAAGGGGCAGUUACCUCUACCCCCAACGAAUGCAUUUAAAAAUGUCCCAGAUGGAUUUUAA